AUGACGAAAAAUUUUCUUCGAAAAUCUCAAAUAAAUUUUUAUUUUAAUCGUUAUUUACAUGGAAAAUCUCGUCUUGAAAAUGGUCCUAAUUUAGAAUAUUUUCUUAAACAAAAUAAUAAAUCAAAUGAUUAUCAUGGAAAUUUAGUAUUAGGUAAAGGUGAACAACGUCUUCGAAUUCCACCAUGGUUAAAAACUGAAAUACCUAUUGGAGAAAACUUUACAAAAUUAAAAAAGACAAUAUCAAAAUUAAAUUUAAAUACAGUUUGUGUUGAAGCUAAAUGUCCGAAUAUUGGUGAGAAUAUAUAUAUAUAUAUAUUUUUCAAUUAA